CUCACUUUUGUAUACAAUAUAGUCAAUUGAUGUUGCAAGUUUUACGAUAUAUUUAAGCAUGGGAAACGUUUUCUCUUAUGUUUUAAAUCGUCUCCUUGGCAAGGAGGAUGUGAGAAUUUUAAUGGUGGGCCUGGAUAAUGCGGGGAAGACGACCAUCUUGUAUAGGUUGAAACUUGAAGAGAUCGUAUCCACUGUCCCUACUUUAGGCUUUAACGUGGAAACUGUUUCUUACAAGAAUAUAUCCUUUACAGUUUGGGACAUUGGAGGGCAAGACAAGAUAAGAAGCCUUUGGAGAGUUUACUUUCAAGGUACACAAGGCUUGAUAUUUGUGGUGGAUAGCGCUGACAGGGAGCGAAUCGAAGAAGCCAAAACUGAAUUGCACAAGCUUUUGGGCGAAGAACAACUAGCAAAUGUCGUACUUCUAGUCUUAGCAAAUAAACAGGACAUGCCUGAUGCUAUGGCUGCUUCUGAUGUUCGUGAAAUGCUUGGUUUAGGAAGCAUGCGAGAAAGGCCUUGGUUUGUGCAGUCCUCUUGCGCUGUGAAAGGCGAAGGUUUAUAUGAAGGACUCGAUUGGCUAGCAUCGCAGAUCAGAGCAAGAAAAAGCUGGAUUUGAGCUGAAUUGACUGUAUAAACUGCAUAAGUGUACAUCAUUUGGUUCAGUAAACUACAAGUUGUACAAAAGACAAGUGUUUCGCCCAACAAGACGGAACUGCAGAGUCUUGAAAAAGUACAAUGAGGUUUAGUGUUAGCAGGUGUUAAUAGUGCAUACUCUUGUCUCAAAGACAAUAGCAUUUUUUUCCUUUUUUGAUUUCGAAUGCAAGGUAAAAAUAGAGAGUCAGACAGAAGCUUUUGACCUUAGGUUAGUCUUAAAAUACCAACACAUUAUAAGGUCUUAAGUUUUAGGGUAAGAAAAUAUGAGUUCAGGUUAGGGGGCAUAUAUUUGGAACUACUAAACAGAAAAUAAACAUUUACUUUCAAUAAUAUCCUUGUGAGAGAGAAUUAUUUCAAGUGUUAACUUAAGUUUUUCACUAGUCAAAACAUGCUUCAUUUCAUCAAUGUGUAAUCAAAAUGAAUUAUAUCUGAAAGAUAUCACUGGUACACUAAUAAUCAGGUGACCAGUUUGGCAUGACAUAGUAUGUCACAGGACAUGAGACAAGCUGGGAAAUGAGUGGCAUCACUAGAGGUCAACAAAAAUAUUCUCCUUUUACUUCCCUCUUCUGAUCUUCAAUGGAAAAUUAUGAAUUAAUGGGCAUUAAGUUAAACUCAUCCAACAUCUUCACUGGAAAAUCAUCCCUUGUCACUUGUGAUAACAUAUCUUGUAAUCUGUGGUAUGACACCUUUUAAUGUGAGAGUGGAUUUAUUAACAUUUUUUAAUGGAACCCAUUAAUAUAUAACAUUAAAAAUAAAUAAAUAUUUGUCAACUUGACAAAUUUUCUGGCUGAUGUGAUUUUUU